UUUUAUGAAGUCUAUAAUAGACUAUUUUUGCACAUUUUUCAGGAAAAACAGUUACAGCUAUAUUUCGACGAAAAUCAAAACGUCACGGCAUUCCGACAGGAAACAGUAGCGAAUGAAUCAGAGAGCUUUCAAGGUGUGGUUACUGCCGAAGAAGAUGGUUUCUUACUACCUGACGGUCUGAAUAUCAUAUACAUGCGUUAUUUAAUGCUAACAAACUUCAUCGGAGAUAUCCACACGCGAGCAAUUGAUAUCCAAGGUCGCAUAGGACAUUCGAUUUAUCAAAUCACCGAUGUUAUUCCAACGAAAAUCAAUGGUGAAAUUCACGAAACGAAACAAGUGAUUCGUACUGUCUACUAUGCGGAAACAGAUGAGCCGGAAACGAGCGUGAGCUACUACCUUACUACUGGUCAUUUACUGCGACAUACCUGGAACAAUUCAAACUAUUCUAUAAUCAUGAAUCCAAGAUUCAGCAUUUCUAAUCUAUCGAGCGAAAUGAAUGACAUUUACUUUUCCAUGCGGAUAUAUUUGGAAGAACUAUCGAAACUAUUAGAAAUUUCUGCGCAUGAAAAAAGUAGGUGCUACGAUUUACUAAGCAAACCAACGGAAAUAGUUCGGGCAGUUCUCUCAGAUAUUAUAACAGAAGCGACACAAAAACCUUCCAAUAAUUCUAUAUCCAUUCGCAGUGAACAAUCAUCUGACACCAUUAGAAACCUUUUAGAGGGUAUUAUAAAUGACAUGUCUUUUCUUUGAUAGUAAAUAAAUCUGUAAUUGAAAAAUUUUUGUUUGAUUUUCCAAGUUCGCUUUCAACAUUUUGAAUGAGAGAUUCGGUGAGUUGUUUUUUGCUGCAAAGAAAAUCUGAAUUGGACAGAUUUAUGACGAUUUUAAUCCCUCCUCCCUCUCCUUUCGUGGACAAGCACUCAUAUAAUUUCUAGAAAUCUUGUGUAGACCGUGGACAAUUCACAACCCACAGCCAUGCUCAGAUUAUACUAGCGAACCUAUAGGAUAGAAAGCCUAUAGAAAAGAGAGACGCCAUGGCACUCACUUCCAUUAAGCUCACACCAAAACGGCUGGAAGUUUUGACGCAAAGUAUUGCAAUCAAGUUGCGAUGAAAAAAGGGACCUGCUAGUUAACGUAACAACUUGUAUGCAAGUAAAAUUUAAAAAAAAUAUGAAUUGUAAUUUUAAUUGAAUUAUAAUGAUUAAUUCUUUUUCUAUUUACAAAAAGAUAGGUUAGGUUAGGAUGGAAGUUGCAGAGUGAUGGGUGUUGCUUUAUUUCCAGGAUGCAACACAACUCUCUCGUUUUUACCAAUGUUGUAAUUAGUUAUCUCAUUUGACUCAAUAAUUAAUAAAAUUAUAUGCAUAUUUAAUCGUUUUGGUAAUUUUUAAAUUUUACCGACAUUAUCAUAAUAAUUUUACAGUUAAAAUCACCGAGUGUUUAGUAUAUACAAACUAGUUUCGGAAUUAUUUCAUCAUUAUAUUGGUAAAACAUUACCGAGCAUCUCUCAUAGUUUGACAGGUUGUCAAUUGUUGGUUUUAUAAAAUCUCGGUAUUUUGAUGAAAAUAUAGAGCUGUUAACAUCUCGGUAAUUUAUUUGACCGUACUCGGUGAUGAUAUCUUGAUGUGUGUACGUCAUAUUUGGUCCACGUUAAAUUUUAAAUUAGCGUUGUUGUUAAGUCUACAGAAUCAAAGAAUUUUCAUAAAAAAAUUUAAUCCUCAAUUUAUUAUGGAACUUGCUUUGCUUAUAAAUGAACAGCCAAACGAAGUUACUUUAAGCUGUAAUUUUUUCGACAGCGUUUGCUUUUAUUGUUGGCGUUCCGAAACAGCUUAUUUUAAUAGUUUGAGUAAUUUUCGCAAUGUGCCAUUUCAGUCAUAUUUCAAGAUCACAUUCGUGAAAAAUCUUGAUAGUUGACCAUCAAUACCGUGAAUAUUUUUUCGCUUCAAAAACAUAAACAUGUUCAGUGAUUAUAUCUUGAAUACGAGUUAGUUUCAUAUCCGCCAUAUUCCUGUAUAACUUGCCUUGUAAGCUUUUGCAUUCUUCCGAAAUUCGAGUUGAUUUUUUCGGGUUUCGAGAAAAUUUCUCUUGUUUUCGAGUAGUGUAUCGGGUAUCAGUGAUACCAAAUGUGCAGAUUUGUCUGCAAAACGCAGAUUUUUGAAGUCCGUGUGCAGAUAUUUAUUGAUUUGCAGAUAUUUGCAGUUUUUCCACGGUUUCUGCCGAUUUUUGUCAAAGUCUCCUUAUAUUUGCGCAGAUUUUCUUAAAAUGUGUGCAGAUUUUUACAGACUUUUGCCUGCGCGAGCGAAAUUUUUUCGGAUCACGGAUAGAUUUUUUUCAGAUUUAGAGCACAUUUUUCCGGUUUUUCGAGCAGUUGCAGACAUUUUUCAAAAACAUCUGGCAUCUCUGUCGGGUAUUCCCUAGGACUAUUCCUGAUGUGCAGAUUUGUCUUCAAAACACAGAUUUUUAAAGUCACUGUGCAGAUUUUUAUUGAUUCGCAGAUAUUCACAAAGAUAGCGACAAAAUAGUUAAGUUAUUUGAUAUGAAAAAGUUCCAGUCAAACGUGAACCGAGAGCUGCGACGUGCCUAUCCGGACCGCCACCGGCUCGUAACCCAGUGCCUGUCGGCGAUCGCCUUCGGUAAAUCGGUUAUCGGAUAUGCUGAAGAGUGAACUACCUCCAGGAAAGCAUGUUGUUCCAAUUAUUCUAACGCCAUUGUACCGGUUCGAGAAGAGAUUCUACAACGACAAAGUUAGAUAACUUUCCGAUAGAGCAAACAAAAAAUUGGCGGUUAACACGAGCAAUCGAUAAACUGCCGGAGUUCAAGUUCACUAGAGCCAGGAGAGCAACUGCCGCCAGCCUGCCUCGAGCAAAUCCACACUGGCAACUGUCAACGUGAUAUCAAUUUUCGCCUAAUGGGCCUAAUUUCCUAAACUAGAAGAUACCUGCACUUCCUGACCUUUCAAUGGCGUCCGCGCGGGAAUGGCCACGUAAACAUUCGUUGGAUCAUUGUUUUGCUCUCGACUCAAAAGCAGCAGUAGCGGUAGGCAAUUAUUUGUUUAUGUUGCUUCCACCCCCGCGCGCGCUCGCACACACGGAUGUCUGCACCAGAACAAAGAGGAUUUCCUUUCUAUUUCCAGGCACUUUGUUAUAUUGUGUGUAACCGAAUGAUUUCAAAUUAAAGUUUGACGUUUGUUCUUGACAGACACUUCCUCCUAGUGAUGUUGAGCUUUUAAAGUAUCAAUUAUAGUUGAUUACUUCCCCAACAA